GGAAUAGGGGCAGGCGGGGGUGGGGCCCUCCCUGCCCCCCCCCGGCCCCCCCACCGACCACGCCAGCGCCCCCUCCCUGCCGCUCGACCACCCCGUGCUCCACGACGACGGACACUUCGACUAUUACGGCGAGAACGACUACGACGACUACCAGUCCCCGUACCACUUCCAGUCCCCCGUCAGCCCCUUGAUGUUCCGGAAGCGCGCGAUGGGCAUGGGUCUUCCGCGCAGCAACGACGCCAUCUACCGGGACGCCGCGCUGCCCAGCAAGAUCGCCGCCAUCUUUGACGACAUCAGAAGGAUGCGGGACUCGCGGCAGCAGGCCUUCCAGCCGAGGAACCAGUACCCGGCGCCCGAGGAGAACGUGGCCUUCCCCGAGCGGCUCCUCAAGAACGAGUUCGGAUACGACGACGAGGACGAGGACGAGGGAGUGUUCGAGGAGCAGCCCGUGAGACCAGCUUAUGCCCAGCGCCUCCAGUUCUUCGGCGGCAAUGAGGACUUGUUGGGUUCGAACGUGGAGUCGAAUGCCUGGAGUCCCGACCGGCGUCUGGAGGAGAAGCAGCGCGGAGAAGUCCUGCGGAACAACAUGCCUGACCUUCUGCAGGAGUCCCUCGACCUCCAGGACAUCUUGAGGAGCUUCCGGCCCCAGAUGGGAGGCGGCGGUGGACCAGGAUACCCCAACAGCGCCCCUGCAUUCCCCAGCAUGAGCAGGAACACCAACUUCCAGGACUUCGCGGGCAUCCCCCAGGAGAGGUUCCCCGAGUUCGUGCUGCCCGACCCUUACCUCCCCGAGAUCCCGAGGUCGAGGUUCGGCCCCGAGAGCGGACCCGAGGCGGCCUUCUUCGACCGCCGGGACGACCUCGAGGAGUACCAACUCGAGCAGCUGGAGCAGGAGGUGGAGAAGCAGCUGGCUAGGGAAUCACCAAGGACUUCUGCGCUACGGGAAGCGUUUGGUCCGCAACUGAACGCGCUGGACGACUACGGGAACGACUACGACGAGUAUAGCCUGGACGACUACAGCGACUACCCUGGGAGACGGCAGAUGCUCUUCGGAGAUUCACCUUUUGCGCUCCAGAAGAAGGACGAGGAAACCCUUGGCGACGACUACGCCGAGCUGUUGGCGGGCGAGGACCUCAACUUCCAGCGGCCGGAGCGGGAGGACGUGAAGAAGCCCGGGCCGCCCUACAGCGUCAACAACUUCGCCUUCAAGAACAGCGACGACGAAGAGGAGAACAGAGGCUACGAGGAGCUCGACGACCAAGAACCCGUGGCUGAAGGAGGCGACGUCAUGCUGCCUCGCCUUCUGCAGGAGGGACGGGAGUUGCCCCCCGAGCAGCUGGACCUCAGGGAAGUGAGUGACCUCCAAGCCGCCAAGCUCCUGGGAUCCGCCAUGCAGCCGGAGGAGCAAGUUCCUG